CUCCUCUUGUGGCAAAGCUUCAAGGACCAUUAAAGCUGAAGAGCCAGUUGGAUAGCUUGCUCGUGAUGGCCCGCUCGCCCUCAGACGCAACUCGCUUCACAGCAACCGGCCCCUACGCCUCCAGCUCCACCUCCUUCAACACGACUGCACCCCCUUCGGUACCUCCUCCACCGAAAGCCGGCACGACCAUCAACUUCGGCUCUGCACCUCCCAAUGAGACACCUCAACAAAAGAUCGCACGUCUGCGCGCCGCUUCCCAGGCCGCGAAACGAGGCACAGAAACCGCCUUCGACACCACUGUCCGCGUGGGCCGGAUAUGGGCCGACCGCGUUCACCGAGUUACCGCAACCUCCCUCAUAGGUCUAACAGUCGUGUCAGCAUGCGUGGCCGCUGCGGGUAUCACCGACAUGCUGCUGCAUAACCGGAGACGGAGGAAUGAGUGGUUAGCGGAGAAGCAGGCGGAGAGUGCGAGAGAUUUGGCGAUGGCUAUUGAAGCGCAGAAAGCAGGACGUGCGUCGGAAGACCAGACGUUGUUGAUCAACCGGGAGCGGGCGGCGAUGGAGGCGGCGGAGGCGAAGCGGAAUCAGCCGGGUAUACUGAAGCGAACCACAGGCUGGUUGUUUAGUGGGGCGGAGAAGGAGGAGCAAAAGGGUGGGAGAUUAGGUGCAGGUGCAGGUGCAUUAUCUGCAAACAGUGGCCAACGGCACGACAGAAGCGUGCUGCAAGCUGUACAGGAAACUGUCGAUUCACACCGAAGACAAGCCGAGAGGAUAGAGGAGGUGGCACGACCACUCGGCGGACCAUUGGACCAACAAGCGCAACUUACCAUUGACUCCUUGUCCAGCAGCAAAACCUGGAUGAGCUGGACAUCGCGACGAUAG